AUGGCUGUAUCUAUGGCUUCUGCUGGGAGUAAUCUUGGGCUCUACACAAAUCGAAAAGCAUUGGAGAAGAAGCCCAGUUCGAGAACAGCUCCUUUCAGAUGGUUUAUGGGGUUGGAUUCAGUUCGAAAAUCAUGCAUUAUUCCCAAAAGAAGAUUUCCAUCAAUGGAGACUAAAGCAAUGCAACAAGAGACAAUUUUCAGAUCAAAACUGCCUGAUAUUUACAUCCCAAAACACCUCCCUUUGCAUUCAUAUUGCUUUGAGAACAUCUCCCAGUUCAGUUCGCGUCCAUGUUUAAUAAAUGGAGCCACCAAUGAGAUCUACACUUACGCAGAAGUCGAGCUUAUAUCUCGAAAAGUGGCUUCCGGGCUUAACAAGAUUGGGAUACAACAAGGUGAAACCAUCAUGAUUUUACUUCCUAAUUCACCUGAAUUCGUUUUCGCAUUCCUGGGCGCAUCGUAUCGUGGCGCCUUAUCGACUAUGGCCAACCCAUUUUUUAAGCCGGCCGAGGUCGUGAAGCAAGUAAAGGCAUCGAACGCUAAGCUUAUAAUAACACAAGGAUGUUAUGUGGAAAAAGUUAAAGAGUAUGCAUUAGAGAAUAGUGUGAAAGUAAUGUGUAUAGACGAGCCGCCGGAGGGUUGUUUGCUGUUUUCAGACCUAACUAAGGCCGAUGAAAAUGAUAUGCCGGCUGUUAAGAUUAACCCCGAUGACGUGGUGGCGCUGCCGUACUCCUCCGGGACGACCGGGCUGCCAAAGGGAGUUAUGCUUACACACAAGGGACUUGUUACAAGUGUGGCACAACAAGUUGAUGGGGAGAAUCCAAAUUUGUACAUCCAUAGUGAGGAUGUAAUGCUGUGUGUAUUGCCACUGUUUCAUAUAUAUUCAUUGAAUUCUGUGCUGCUGUGUGGAUUAAGGGUUGGUGCAGCGAUUCUGAUUAUGCAGAAAUUUGAUAUUGUUCCAUUUUUAGAGUUGAUACAAAAAUAUAAGGUGACAAUUGGACCCUUCGUGCCUCCGAUCGUGUUAGCUAUCGCUAAGAGUCCAUUGGUCGAUAAAUACGAUCUUUCAUCCGUCCGGACGGUGAUGUCCGGUGCAGCGCCGCUAGGCCGGGAGCUUGAAGAUGCCGUUAGGAGCAAGUUUUCAAAGGCCAAGCUUGGUCAGGGUUAUGGAAUGACUGAAGCUGGGCCAGUGUUGGCAAUGUGCUUGGCCUUUGCCAAAGAACCCUUCGACAUUAAAUCUGGGGCAUGUGGGACCGUUGUUAGAAAUGCUGAGAUGAAGAUUGUAGACACAGAAACUGGUGCUUCUCUCGGCCGUAACGAGAGCGGAGAAAUCUGCAUCAGAGGUGAUCAAAUCAUGAAAGGUUAUCUGAAUGAUCCAGAGGCCACAGAAAGAACAAUAGAGAAGGAUGGGUGGUUACAUACAGGUGAUAUAGGGUUCAUUGAUGCUGAUGAUGAGCUUUUCAUUGUUGAUCGUCUGAAGGAAAUUAUCAAAUACAAAGGUUUUCAAGUUGCACCAGCUGAAAUUGAAGCCCUUUUACUCAACCAUCCCAAUAUUUCUGAUGCAGCAGUUGUCCCAAUGAAAGAUGAGGAAGCAGGAGAAGUUCCAGUUGCUUUUGUUGUUAAAUCGAAUGGAUCCAACAUCACCGAGGAUGAAAUUAAGCAGUUCGUUUCACAACAGGUGAUCUUCUACAAGAGAGUAAGCCGUGUGUUCUUCGUUGAUGCCGUUCCCAAGUCUCCGUCGGGAAAAAUAUUGAGAAAGGACCUGAGAGCCAGAUUAGCCGCGGGUGUUCCCAAUUGA